AUGGCAUUUCGAAAGCGCAAUGUCGCGAUCGGUCGUACGCCUGCACAAGCCACGCUCGAUGCACCCGUCGAUAGUACCCCGCCUGGAGUCCGCCCAUCACCUCUCACUUCACAUCCAGUGACAUCUACCGGCGCACCUUCGCUCGAUGGCUUGCUGGGUGGUCAUGCUGGCCUUGCGCUGGGAUCAAGUCUACUGAUCGAGGAGAGCGGUACUACAGACUUCGCGGGUGUGCUAUUGAAAUACUACGCGGCAGAGGGCAUUUCACAAGGGCAUAUGCUUCACGUCGUCGGUGUAGGAGAUGGGUGGAUUCGGGAGCUACCUGGAAUUGCGGAGUGCAAGCAUCGAGAAAAGACGAAUAAGACCGCUGUCGAUGAAGAGAAGAUGAAGAUUGCGUGGAGAUAUGAACGGCUCGGACAAGCAGGAGAAAGAGCUCUCCCAGAUCGUGGCUCUCCCUCUACUUCAGCAUCCAGCACAACUUCACCCACGGAAAUCCCCUUCACCCACACCUUCGACCUGACCAAGAAAAUCGCCCUCCCACAAGACGCGCGAAUCAACCACAUCCCAAUCACGCCGACGCCCUCACCCUUUGACCGGAUCCUCCAAUCCCUCACGCAAUCCCUUAAAACCACACCACCCUCCACGAUCCACCGCCUCAUGAUCUCCUCCCUCCUCAGUCCAGCCCUCUACCCACCCUCCAGCUGCGACCCCAAGAACUUCCUCACUUUUCUCCGCUCCCUCAAGUCCCUCCUUCAUCAACAUCCAAACCGCCUAACCGCCCUCCUAACCCUCCCCCUCGAACUCCACCCACGAUCUUCCGGCCUCGUCCGCUGGGCAGAAAUUCUCGCCGACGGCGUCAUCGAGCUCACACCCUUUCCCCACCUCAUGGACGCUGUGAACGAUCUGGCGCAGAGUGGAGGCGCAAGAGGGACGGAAGAGCAACCACAAGGAAUGGUCAAGGUGCAUAAGUUACCCAUCAGCACAGAGCGAGGCGAGGGCGGUGCUGGGGCGGGAAAUAGUAUGGGCGAAGAUCUGGCAUUCACGGUGUCGAGGAGAAAAUUCGUGAUUCAACCGUUUAGUCUGCCGCCUGUGGAGGGCGAUGUUGAGGCGCAGCAGGAGGGUGGGAAGGUUACGGCGAAGGACGUGGAGUUUUGA